AUGGCGGAUACGAACAAGGAUGCCAAAUACACGGGCGAUGAAAGACUCGUCGUUGCAAUAGAUCUAGGAACAACCUUCUCGGCUGUCAGCUAUUGUCACAUGUUUCCAAAUAGUGCCCCCGCUGUCAGAAUCGUCAACAAAUGGCCAGGACAGGAAGAAGUUGCUGGUGACUCCAAGAUUCCGUCCCUGGUCGCCUAUGAAGCAAGUCGGCCUAUUGCAUACGGAGCAGAGGCGCUCGAAUAUGCAGAUACAGAGGGAUACUAUGUCGCAAGAUGGUUCAAGCUACAUCUGCACCCAGAUUCAAUGAAAGUUGUAGAUGAGCCUCCAGUUUACGGAUCUGUGACGAACGUCUCCCCCACGUUUGAAAUCCCCCCACUUCCACCGUCAGUCUCCCUGAAACAAAUCUACGCCCACCUCUUGGGCUAUCUUUUCGAUCAUUUCAGAAACUUCUUCAAAGAGAAUACGGUCGACGGGACCCGAAUCUGGCAGAGACUUGGUGAACGAUGCACCAUUGUCCUUGCGACACCCAACGGCUGGGACACGACUCAGCAGGCCUUUUUGAGAUCUGCGGCGAUUCUAGGUGGCCUGCUCCCGGAGAACUUUCCCGAAGAGCGCCUCAGGAAGGGAGUCAUAUUUGCGGUGACGGACGCUGGAGGCAGUACGGUCGACUCCACCCUCUACGAGUGUAAAGAGACACAACCCAAGAUGAUUCUAGAGGAAGUCUGUGCAAGUGAGUGUGUACAAGCCGGCUCGGUCUUCGUGGAUCGCGCGGCUGCCGCUAUGCUCGCAGACAAGUUGGAGGGUUCCACUUUCAACGAUCCGGCCUAUGUAAACGACAUUCUCAACGAAUUUGAGAGAAAGACGAAGCGCAAGUUUGACGGAACCAAUGCAUCGUCAAUCAUCAAAUUCGGCAAAGACUGGGACAACGACAAGGCCCAUGGUGUCGUUAAAGGAAGGAUUACGCUUACGAGGAGUGAUGUGGAAACCACCUUCAACGAAGUGCUACCUCGUAUCGUCGCGAGCUGCUCCCAUCUCGUCAGCGGACGAAAGGUCGAGCACCUCUUGCUUGUCGGUGGCUUUGGAGAGUCGCCAUACCUUCGCAAGCGACUAAAGGAGACGUUCAGUAGCAAAGGCGUUGACGUGGUCACAGUGGACGAAUCGACCAAGAAAGCAGCAGCCGAAGGUGCAGCCAUCUGGUAUAUAAAGCAACUCGUUGUUGCACGCGCCGCUCGGUCUACGUUUGGUAUCAUCAUAUGGAGACCGUUCGACGCUAAGAACCCAGUUCACUGUCAAAGGCGACACAAGGCCUAUGUCGAUGACGAUGGUGUGAAUAAAGUCACCGGGUUCUUCGAUACUUGGAUCAAGAAGAACUCGGUCAUAGGCGACGAGUUGAGCAAGACCUUCAACUACCAACGAAUCUACAAGACACUUGAUCACGGACUUGGCCAGUUCGCGGUGGACAUCUAUGCGUGGGAUGGUGAAGGACAUACCGACUGGGGCCGUGAUGAGAGCGGGAAUCUUUUACCGGGAAUGCGCCGUGUUUGUACACUCAAAGCUGAUUUGUCUAACCUCGCCCGCUCGCUCAAAGUUCAGAAGGGUCCGAAAGGCCAGGACUUUUGGAGAGUCGAACACAGUGUGGCCAUUCUCUUUGGAGGUACUCAGUUGCGGGCGAGAUUGCAAUGGUAUGAAGGGGAUGCCUUGCAAGAGGGACCAGUCAGCAUACUGCCCAAUUCCAUCUUCUGA